UGCACAGGACUGGUCUAAUCACUGGAUUAAAGGUGAAAGACCUCUUUCUCUUAUAAAAGACAGAAAAUGAAUAACUGUUCAGUAGCUGCCAAGUUCGGACUCUUCCAAUAGCUAAUAGCAACAAUGGAUUUCGGAUUCUCCGUAGCUACAUACUUUGUGUUGGCCCUAUCCAUAUUAUAUAUCCUUAAUAUAUUGUAUCAGUGGAACAAAGGCAAUGUCAGAAAUUUUCCUCCAGGACCAUGGGCUUUGCCACUCAUUGGAAAUGUACAUAUUAUGAAUUUAAAGAAGCCACACUUUACUUAUCUAGAGCUUGCAAAGAAAUAUGGGCCAGUCUUUAGCGUUCAACUGGGUACAAACAGAAUUGUGGUAUUGGCUGGAUAUGAAACCGUGAAAGAUGCUCUCGUCAAUUACGCUGAAGAGUUUGGAGAAAGAGGGAAAACUAAAAUAUUCCAAGAUAUGGACAAUGAUUUUGGACUUACUCACGCACGUGGUGAAAACUGGAAGGUGAUGAGAAGAUUUACACUGACAACCUUGCGUGAUUUCGGGAUGGGGAAAAGUCCUGUUGAAGAGAGCAUUAUUGAAGAAUGUUCUUACCUAAUUAAAGGUUUUGAAUCUUUAAAAGGAAAGCCAUUUGAUAAUAUGAUGAUGGUAAAUGCUGCAGUGGCUAAUAUCAUUGUGUUAGUAUUACUUGGACACCGAAUGGACUAUGAAGACCAGCAAUUUAAGAGACUUUUGAGUUUGGUUUCAGAAAAUUUUAAACUUUUAGGAAGUUCUAUGGUUGGGAUAUAUAAUAUUUUCCCAUUCUUGGGAUUUCUUCCUGGUAAACACAAAGCAGUCUUAAAGAAUGUGGAGGAAAUGUAUGAAUUCCUUACAAAAACGUUCAUGAAACAUGUGAAGAACUUAGAUGAGAAUGACCAGAGAAGCUUCAUUGAUGCAUUUCUUGUGAGGCAAAAAGAGGAGGCUGGGAAUCCUCAUUCAUACUUUCAUAAUGAAAAUCUAACAAGACUGGCAAGGAAUCUUUUCUCCGCGGGAAUGGAGACAACAUCCACCACUCUGCGCUGGGGUCUGCUGCUCAUGAUGAAAUUCCCAGCAAUACAAGAAAAGGUGCAACAAGAGAUUUCUAAAGUUGUUGGGUUUGCACAACCUACGUACAGCCAUCGGGGACAGAUGCCAUAUACGAAUGCCGUCAUACAUGAGAUCCAGAGGUUUUCCGAUCUUGUACCGCUCAGUGUUUCUCAUGAAACAACUAGAGACGUCAAUUUUAGGGGAUAUUUUAUCCCAAAGGAAACCUAUAUCAUCCCUCUAUUAUCCUCUGUAUUGCGGGACAAGACGCAGUUUGAAAAGCCUGAUGAGUUCUACCCAAAUCAUUUCCUAGAUUCUCAUGGAAAUUUUGUAAAGAAAGAUGCCUUCAUGCCAUUCUCUGCAGGGCGUAGAGCCUGCGCUGGAGAAACUUUGGCUAGAAUGGAGCUUUUCAUUUUUUUUUCCAGUUUGCUGCAGAAAUUCACCUUCCGUUUUCCUCCUGAAAUCAGAGAUUCAGAUCUAAUGCCAGAUGUUGGAAUUACCAAUAUGCCAAAACAUCACAGGAUCUGUGCUAUUGCCCGGUUUUAAAAUUAAUUUUCAAAGCUUUAAAGUAUUUGAUUUGAUUUGAUUAUUUGUAAAGCGUCAAAUGGAGUUCAUGAACUGCGCCUAGACAGAAGAGUUAGGCCUCGUACACACGACCGAACA